AUGGUAAACAUUAAUAAUAUUGUGCAAAUUCUUCUUCUUGUAAGUGCGGUGCUCAUUUCAUUUGCAAUCCCUUCCAUAUCGCAGAAGAAUGGAUGUGGGCAAGCCUCAAGUGCACGGACGAUCCGGACGUGGGAACUCGUAUUUGUUCCUCCACCGGCGGAGGUGGCGGCGGCGGCAGUUGCAAGUCGAGUGGGCAGCUGCGGGGAAGCGACCCGCCUAGAGACAGUUGCAACACGGGAUACUGGAGCGGAGUGUUGCAGUGCCUCCAAGACCUACCCAAAGUUCGACUGCUCUCCCGCCGUCUCCUCCGCCACUCCUGCCAUUCUUACGCUCAACGAUUUCACUGACGGCGGAGACGGAGGCGGGCCAUCGAGCUGUGAAGGAAAGUAUUACAACAACACGGAGAAGGUGGUGGCGCUUUCUACCGGUUGGUUCGACAGCAGCAGGCGGUGCUUGAAGAUGAUUCGAAUCUCAGCUAAUGGGAAGAGUGUAGUUGCGAAAGUGGUGGACGAGUGCGACUCCAGGAACGGAUGCGAUUUCGACCACGGUUAUCAGCCGCCUUGCAGGAAUAGUAUUGUGGAUGCGUCUGCUGUGGUGUGGGAUGCGUUGGGCAUCCGUCAAGACCGUCAAGGAGACGAUUUAUCCGUCACCUGGGCCAUGGCUUGAUUAACAUACAACGCCCGUUGAGGAGCUUAUAAUAAAGACGGCUUGUUCAAUAGUGCGUGAUAAUAAAGGAGACAGAUACUCCGUCUAGUUGUACUGAAGCGCUU